AUUCCCAAAGCCAUCUCUCCUUUCAGGGGGAUUUAGAAGGCAUAUAAAGGCCUAUGGCUGAGGACUUGCUUCCUCACUCCACAGUUGGUGCCAGAACCCUCAAUCCUCUGCUGAGAGAAAAUGUCCAUCCAAGUUGAACAUCCAGCUGGUGGUUACAAGAAACUGUUUGAAACUGUGGAGGAGCUAUCCUCACCGCUCACAGCCCAUGUUACAGGCAGGAUCCCCCUCUGGCUGACCGGCAGUCUUCUUCGAUGUGGGCCAGGACUCUUUGAAGUAGGAUCUGAACCAUUUUAUCACCUGUUUGAUGGGCAAGCCCUCCUGCACAAGUUUGACUUUAAAGAAGGACAUGUCACAUACCACAGAAGGUUCAUCCGCACUGAUGCUUACGUACGGGCAAUGACUGAGAAAAGGAUCGUCAUAACAGAAUUUGGCACCUGUGCUUUCCCAGAUCCCUGCAAGAAUAUAUUUUCCAGGUUUUUUUCUUAUUUUCGAGGAGUGGAGGUUACUGACAAUGCCCUUGUUAAUAUAUACCCAGUGGGGGAAGAUUACUAUGCCUGCACAGAGACCAACUUCAUUACAAAGAUUAAUCCUGAGACCUUGGAAACAAUUAAGCAGGUUGACCUUUGCAACUAUGUCUCAGUCAAUGGAGCCACUGCUCACCCCCACAUUGAAAAUGACGGGACUGUUUACAACAUUGGUAAUUGCUUUGGGAAAAAUUUUUCAAUUGCCUACAAUAUUGUAAAGAUCCCACCACUACAAGCAGACAAGGAAGAUCCAAUAAGCAAGUCAGAGAUCGUUGUACAAUUCCCCUGCAGUGACCGAUUCAAGCCAUCUUACGUCCAUAGUUUUGGUUUGACUCCCAACUAUAUUGUUUUUGUGGAGACACCAGUAAAAAUUAAUCUGUUCAAGUUUCUUUCUUCAUGGAGUCUCUGGGGAGCCAACUACAUGGAUUGUUUUGAGUCCAAUGAAACCAUGGGGGUUUGGCUUCAUAUUGCUGACAAAAAAAGAAAAAAGUACAUCAAUAACAAAUACAGGACCUCUCCUUUUAACCUCUUUCAUCACAUCAAUACCUAUGAAGACCAUGAGUUUCUGAUUGUGGAUCUCUGUUGCUGGAAAGGAUUUGAAUUUGUUUAUAAUUAUUUAUAUUUAGCCAAUUUACGUGAGAACUGGGAAGAGGUGAAAAAAAAUGCCAGAAAGGCUCCUCAGCCUGAAGUUAGGAGAUACGUACUUCCUUUGAAUAUUGACAAGGCUGACACAGGCAAGAAUUUAGUCACACUCCCCAACACAACUGCCACUGCAAUUCUGUGCAGUGACGAGACCAUCUGGCUGGAACCUGAGGUUCUCUUUUCAGGGCCUCGCCAAGCAUUUGAGUUUCCUCAAAUCAAUUACCGGAAGUAUGGUGGGAAACCUUACACAUAUGCAUAUGGACUUGGCUUGAAUCACUUUGUUCCAGACAGGCUCUGUAAGCUGAACGUCAAAACUAAAGAAACCUGGGUAUGGCAAGAGCCUGAUUCAUACCCCUCAGAACCUAUCUUUGUUUCUCACCCAGAUGCCUUGGAGGAAGAUGACGGUGUAGUUCUGAGUGUGGUGGUGAGCCCUGGGGCAGGACAAAAGCCUGCUUAUCUUCUGAUUCUGAAUGCCAAGGACUUGAGUGAAGUUGCCAGGGCUGAAGUGGAGAUUAACAUCCCUGUCACUUUUCAUGGACUGUUCAAAAAAUCCUGAGCACAUUCUAGCAUGACACGUUUCUGGUGACAAAACACAGAAAAACAUAGUCAGGUCUGCAAUCAAAUUCUGUUUAGCUUUAGCCUACUGUCUGUAAGGGUUUUUAACUUGCAGAUGCACACAGUUUUGCAGUAUUUUACAGAAAGCACAGAGUUGAGUAAGGAAUUCCUUUUUAAAAAGUGCUUAUUUAGAUAAUUGUACUUUGUGAGACAGGUACAUCAUAACUAAAAACUCUUUAUAUAUUUACAAUCAAAUAGAAAAUGAAUGUGGAUUUAUUAAACUGCUUUUCAUUCCUAUUAUAAAAGUAUAUUUUAGGCAUCUAUCUGCUCCUAUUACUUUUUAACAUUUAAAAGCCAAAAUCUUCUACAGCUGAUAUGUAUGUGGCUUUGCUGUGUCAAGGCAGCAUCUUGGAAAAAGACUUAGUUACUAAAUGUCAAAUCAAACUUCUUCUCAAACCAGGGACUUUGAUCUAAGACAAUCAUUGUAAUUGUAUGCACAUAUGUAUUAUUGUUCAAAGAUUCUCAUGGUUUAAACUUUAAUAUUUCCAUUUAGUAUAGGCAAUUAUUACUUUUUCUGAUUCCACAGUUAGGCAGCCUGUCUCUAACUCACUGAGGGCUCUCAACCAAAUAAGUUCUCAGAGAUUAUGUUAUCUAUUAGAAACUUACAUAACAUCAAAGCAAUUACAUAUAGUAGUGACUGUAAUUUUUUUGAAAAAAUAGCAUAAAAUAUUUACAAACAUAAUUGCUGUUUAAAAUAAGAUUAUGGGGAUAAUAAUGUGUGGGGGGGUUAUACUUUGUUGCCUUUUCUGCUUAAUUACGUUUAAGCACAGUGCACCUGACUGAAGAAAAAGUGAAAAAAGAGAAAAUACUGUCAUUGACACACAGAUAUGAAUAUAUUUAAGCACUUUUGUUUUUAAAAUUAUUCUUUUCUGAGAUAUAUGUUGCAAAAAAAAUGCAGAUUGACAAAAAUUUUUAUUCUAUAUCUUAAUCCUGUUUGACUAAGUAAAAACAGCUUGAAGGAACAGACUGACUAGGGUACUUGAUGCAUCCAUUUGAUUUCUUUAUUUAGAUAAAAUGCAAACUCAUUUUUUAAGAUUAUAAGUACUCAUUAAAAUAUACUUUUCAAAGAAAAUCUAAAAUUGCAAAAAAGCAGAAAUUAUAAAGUAAAAUCUUACAGAGCUCAUCUAAGCAUAACUACUGGCCUUUUCCAUCAUUUCCCAUGUGUGGCUUUUUAAUGUAAUCAUUAUUUCUUUGGGAGUAAUUCCUAUCUCAAAAAUAUCUCAAAAAAUAAAAAGAAAAGAAAAAUGCCAUAAAAUAACAUGGAAUAUGUGACUGUAGAUAAACAUCAAUCUGCUGGAUUUUGUCUCUAGAUAUGGCACAUGAACUUAAUUCCACAAAGAAAGCUAUUCAUACAUUUAUUUUUAAAAUGCAGAAAAUAAAUUGCUGAAUAAUUACCAAGUUUUGUGCUUAUUUAAGUCUCUAAAUGUAAGAGAAUUCCUAAUACUGUCACUUCCCACACCUGCCAGUCAGCCCCUGCCUUCUUCCUAUUCCUUUUCCACAGGAAAGUCUGGCAGUUCUUUGUGCCUGCU